AAUGUUAUGUGGAUAUAGGAAUAUUUGAAACUAGCCUCGGCAGAUAAGAUGCUCUUAUUUUCAUCACGUUCAACUGGUGAGGCAACAGAGAGAUUUUUUUUUUCAUGUUAAACAAUAUUGGGAGAGGGGGAAUCGAACUUAGGACCUCGGGUGCAAGGGAAUGCUCUUAACCAAUUGAGCUCUUACAUUUGAAAAUUCCAAAUUUUAAUUACACAACUAAGGGUAUUUGCUGGAAUAUGGGAGGGUCAGUUCUCUCCUAUCCGUGUGUGUGUUGUGUGUAUAUAUAGAGAGAAAAUAGAAUAAGAUUGUAUAAAUAGGUGGAGGGGUGGAGAACAUAUAUAGAGCCAGGGAUGCCUUCUAACGUGUUUGGCACCCCCGUCACAGACCAAACUGUACAGGCGCUGCCAGAGUAUUAUGGUAAGAAAAUAGGAAGAAAAGAAAGGGCUCAUGUGGCUCUAAAUAUGGAAAACGCCGAGGGGAAGGACAUCAAUGCCCGAAAUUAUGUGGAGAAUUUGAAGAAGCAAUCUGGUUAUGGAGUUUCCACACUUUGCCUUGUUUACAAUGCCACUGGGGACACAAUAAGACUUGUUGCUAGUAAGGAUUGGUAUGGCAACAUUGGGCGCGCCCCAUACCCAACACAGAUUGCAAAUGGGCAGUGGGGUGCCUUUUUGCAUGUCAUCAAAACCAGUGGUAUGGCUACUGGUGGAUCGGUUGCGGCUGUUGCGUAUCGCGGUAAGAACAACAAUGGUAAUAACUGUGACUGGCUGCUGGGGUGGAGGAACCCGUGGAAUGGACCACUUUCCACUAGUACUAACAAGGUCUAUACUGAGAUCCGCGAAGCUCGCCACUAUGAGCCGGCCGGAGUUUGGCCCGGAGUCUAUAAUAGUUUGGUUGGCUCUGGCGUGUGUAGCUCUGGCACUUGGAAUGGAUGCUUCUCAACUAUAUCAUCUGGCUGUUCCAUAACAAAACUUCAUGAGUCAACUUUAAUUGUAACCAUGUUGUAUUUUGGAUGAUAUGUACCUGGAUUUUAAAUAUUUAUAUAUAAUUUAAUACUCAUCUAAAUAAUAUGUAUCUGAAUAAAAAUUAUUGAUAUC